UAACAUAGACAUUUGGUCAAUUCAAAAUAUACGAAAAUAAAAAUACUUCAUUACAUGCUAUGACAAAUUGGUAGAAGUUUGCUAUAUUUUUGUAAUGGUUACUUAUACUCUUUUCAAAGAUGCCUAUACGUUUUCUUUAAGCUUGUAACCAAAUAGAGUUAUGGUUCUUUUGAGUUGGAAGCGGUACCAUCAAUGUACACACCCAUUGCAUCUGUGGAUAGUGAUUGAUUAUGGUGCCGUCUUUGUUUUCCGCCUGUUGAUGUUUGUAGACAAUGCUCUUGCAGCUAAAUUGGGAUUGGAUUUUGGUAGGCAGCAAAGAGAUGGUUAUUUUAUCGGAAGAGUAGUGGUUCUGUCCAUUCUGUAUAUCGUGCUAUAUCCAUUUCUAUGGGCUUGGAGUAUUACGGGAUCUAUAUGGUUCACUAGCGCGCAUAAAUGUUUUUUGCAGUUGCCCGAAAGAAAUCAGAAAUGGGGUUUUCUUGUUUGGUUGAUUUUCAGCUACUGUGGACUUAUCUGCCUUGCCAUAUAUUUAGUAAAUAAGUGGUUAAGACGAAGAAAAGCUCACAGGGAACGGGCUGAACUUGGGAUUCCUAUGUCCCGUAUUUCAGAAUAUGGGGUGUUGGUCGACAUGAUUCGUCUGCCAGAUUGGGUAUUUGAAAGUGCUGCUCAAGAGAUGAGAGCCAUGGAACAUGAUGCUACUCCUCAUCAUCCUGGCCUUUACUUAUCUGAAAACCAGAGGCAAGCAGUGGAGAUAUUAAUUCAGGAACUUCCAUUAUUCUCGUUGAAAGCUGUUCCGACUGAUUGUAGCGACUGUCCAAUAUGUUUGGAAGAGUUCCAUGUCGGAGACGAGGUUCGUGGCCUGCCUUGUGCUCAUAACUUUCAUGUACCAUGCAUUGAUAAAUGGCUAAGGUUAAACAUAAAAUGCCCUCGAUGCCGGUGUUCAGUCUUUCCCAACCUCGAACUAAAUGAUCUCCCUAAUAUCCCACCUGAUCCCAACCAUCCAUCAACCAUUUCAACAACUUAUCAAGCCCAAAGUCAACCUACUAGUCAAAGUUACCUUUCGAGAAUGCAAAGUUUUCUCAUGCCAGUCCGCUCAGAAAAUACAACAUCCUCUAACUCUAUUUUAAACUCCAACCCCAACUCUGACCCUAACAUUAAUAAUGAUUCUGAUGUUGCUUUGGACAUGGCUGAAAAUGGAGGCCAGCCACCCGAGAGUCAUGGUCAGCACACAAGUGCAGAGCGUGUACAAUGACUAAUUUUUGGCAGUCAUCCUGGCCGUUAUAAGGAGGUGUAUAUUUUAGUCUGCACUUUUAGUGGUUUCAGGUAGGGAUGAGCAGAUUUAUCUAAGUCCCUAUCCCGGGAAGUGGUACCGCGGUACCAGGAUUUGGUACCGGGAAAUAGUACUGAAUGGGAAAUGGGACCAGUACCGGUACCAAGUUUUUGAAAAAUUCGGGACUUGGUACCAUCGAUUUUAGAUUUUCUAAUUUUAUGGUUUCUUUUUACUUCAACUUGUCAUUAAUAGUUAUGUUACAUUGGUGUAAAAAAAUACUCAAACUGCCAAUAACAUUACUAUUAACGAGCAUUUUCAGUGUUCAA